CAGACAGCGGUUGUAACAGUUAGAAAACUAGCGAGCGAGAAACCCUGAUAGCAGCAGUUUAUUGUGAAUGCAGCGGAAGACAGUAUCACCUUCACCUAUUAUUUUGUUACUUUAGAGAGGCUGAGUUAAACAGUGCAGAAAAAUGUCGAGUUUUAUUAUGAAUACCGUUUUAUCUGACAUGGGCUGGGAUGAGCGCUUUGCUAUCCCUGAACUCAAUGCUGAAAACAAGGCUUUGUUGGAACAGAUUCGUAAAAAGGAGGCAGAGGCGCUGCAACUGGAAAACAAACUUGAGAGAAACAAGGCUCAGAAGCAGUUAAUGAGCGAAUUCCUCAAAAGGGCUCAACAAGAGCUGACAAAUACUGAGGCUCUAUGCAAGGCGAAGGAAAGCGAAGGAGAGAUGGAGAAACACCUCACUGCUCUCGUCGAAAGGGAGAGAGGUCGCCUGGCUCAGGAGACUGCUAAGAUGGAGAAUGACCUUCGGACUUUAGCGGAGAGGAGGAACCUGCUGGAGAACAACAUCGUCAAGGCCAAACAGAAGCUAGAGAAGUUUAGGAGCCAGAUGAGCUGGGACCAGCAGACCAUGGAUUCCUUUUUAGAGGAGUCAGCGCGCAGAGAUGAGGACACUAUGGCCAUCAUCAAGUACGCUGAGCAGGAUGAGCAGAGGAUCAAGGCGCUCACGCUGGCUAUAGAGAAGAAGACUCUGGAGGCCAAUGAAAAGCGCAAAGCACUCGACAAAGAAUUGACUGAGACUAUAUCCGCACAGAUUGCUUUGGAUAAAACUACAGAAAACCUGCAGCAGGCCCACCACGAGACACAGCAGCUCAUCCACCAGUGGGAAAACACCAUCAAGCAGAUGAAGCAACGAGAUGCUGAGAUGCAGCAGUGUGCUCUGCAACUAGCCCAGUCCAACCAGAACAUCAGGGAGAGGAAUGCCACCGUAAUAGAGAAGAAGCAAUUGUUGGACACUCAGAGAAACAACAACAAGGAAAGUGAGAGGAAGAUAACAACGUCCAAAAGUCAGGCUGUGAGGCUGCGGCAGGAUCUGAAGGAGCAGGAGAAUAACUGCACCAGGCUGAAGGAUGAGCUGGAUACUUGCAAAGGCACACUGGACAGAGCAACCUCCGAUGUGGAGUCUGUAAACUCAAACAUAUCCAGAAUAAAGAAAGACAUCCAGGAUAACAAUGACAAACUGAUGAAGGCCAGGGCCUUUAACGUUGCUCUGGAGCAGAAGCUGAGAGUUGUGACUCAGAGCGCCCUCGGUGAGGAGGACAGAGCUGCACAGAUGGACCUCCUCCUCAAAGAUGAAGAACACACAAUCAAGGAGUUGGAUGUCCAGCUGCAUGACUGCAGGGAGGAGUUUUUUUUGUCGGAGAGCGGUUUGCAGGUCCUCAAGACAAAAGAGAAGAAUUCUAUUGCCCAGGGUAUCCGGGAGUAAAGUCCACCAUCAUCAGCCUGGAGAGCCAGCUCACAAAAACUGGAGAGCGAAUUGAUGAAACAGCAGGAGACUACCGGUGAACAGGACAACCUGAUUGCCAUCCUGAAUAAAAAACUGGCGCGGCUGCAAGGCGAGGUUCACUCUGAUGAAAAAGAAAUUCUGGACAUAAAGGUGGCUGAGCUGACCGGAGCCCUGGAGCAGAAGAGGAAGGCGGCCAACAUGCUUACCAACACGCUGAAGGAGUCUGAGGACAACAUGGUGGAGCACAACGUCAUGAAGCUAGAGGUGAAGCGUCUGAGGGAUCUGCUGUACGACAAGACGGGCAGCGUGCUGUCUCUGGAGAAGAGGAAGCUGAAGCUGCAGAAAGCCAUAAAGGACAGAGAGGAGGAGGUCAAGGUGUACCGAGAAAUGCUCGGCCAGCAGAUGAAGAUCAGUGAGCACGAGAGGCAGAAACUCAGUGCUGAACUGAAUGACAAACUGUCCAAAAUCGACUUGAUGAAGAAACGCUUCGAGAUUGUAAUGCUUUCAAUGGCAGCUCCUGAGGGGGAAAAGGAAGAAACGCAGGCUUACUACAUUAUAAAGGCUGCACAAGAGAAAGAGGAGCUCAAGAGGAAGGGGGACAGUCUGGAUGCUACAAUCCGCAAGAUGGAGCUGGAAAACAGAGCUCUGGAGAACACCAUCCAGCUGUUCAACAACAGCAACUCAUCAUUUCGCAAAUCCCUCAACAAAGUCAAUGAAUCCAGUCCAGAGCACCAGGAAAAAGUGAAACUGCAAGAGCAGUUGAGGGCGGCAGAAGUGACACUGAAGUACAAGAAAAGACAGGUCCAAGAGCUCCAACAGGACGUACAGGACAUGAACAAUACCUGGGAGAGUCUGCGGCAAGAAGAGCAGGCGGAGACAGAAAAGAUAGAGCACAAACAGUCCCUCAUGGGUAAACUGAACAAAGAAAUCUGUAGUCAGCAGGAGAAGGUCGACAGAGCCACAAAGCAGUGCUCUAAGCUGACCAAAGAGAUCCGCUCAGCAAAAAACACCAGCACUGAGACUUUUGAGGAGAAGGAUAUUAAGCUGAGGGAGUUGAAAGAAUUUAAUAAGAGUAUCAACAAGAAGCUGUAUGACACCAUGGAAGACAAACCUGACCUCAGAUCAGUGGUGGAGGAAUACUUCCUGCAGGCCAAUCUGUCUCUUCCAUCUCCGACUUCUACUCCUUCCAGCCAGCGGAGCUCCAAGACGAGCUCCCCCCACAGCUCGGCCUCUCUCAGGUCUCCCGCGUCCUCAGCCGGCAGCAGCCCCCGGGCCUCGGCUCUGCACCCCCCUUUGAUGAAGACUGUGGAGCUGGGCCUGGAUCUGACCUCCUCCCCUCUCACCACCUCCAGAGGAUCCAGCUCUGCGAGCAGCGGCGGCAGCAGCAGCAGCAGGAAGUUAAGAAAGCCGCAGUGAUGCAGAUGUAUUAUCUUACUGCUGGGGAUGAAGAGCAAGAGAAGGAGGAUAUUAUAGUUUGAGGUUGUUAUGGUUGCACAGAGUGGCGUUUAAUCACAUGAUGAGAUGCAGUGUUCAGUUCAUUUUAAUGCAACAAAAAGUAUUUUAUUGGUGAUUUUAGUAUAUAUUGUUCUUAGGACUUUGUAGUUAUUAUAUUUAUUAAUGUGAAUCUUAAAAUACUGGAUGUUCCCACAGUGUGACUCAAAUAAAGACAAACUAUACAAACUCU